CUGUGCUAUCUCAGCCCCAUCCCCGCGCGUUAGGGAGGGGUAUAUGUAGGCCCCAGUAUGGGCUGCCGCCUGGUCCGUUAUAAAGUAACAGAGCUCUUUGAGAAGGGCACGCCUGUCCGUCGCCUCGCGGAAAUCAUUCAACCAUGGCUGAAAUAGUAAAUGGAGCCGGUCCGCCCGAGGCACAAUCCGCCAGAGAUCAGAUCUCGGAGCUCGAGCGACGCUACAUCGACCUUCUCCAAUCAAAAAUUGCGAGUCUAGAGUCUCAGCUAUCUGUCUCUACAUCGAAGGAGGCAAUUUCCGACGCGAAGUCUCCAGAAUCCGUUAACGAUGAAAACCCCACCGACGCCGAUGACAAGACAGCGGAAGAACCCAAGCUGCAGGGCAAGGGGGAGGACGAAAAAGAGCCAAGAUACAGGAUCAUCAUCAGUAAAUGGAACUCAGAAGACGCCGAGUUCAAAGACAUCGAUGCAACCAAGAAGGAAGAGAAGAAAGAGAUAGGCCCGGAGAAUUACCGGGCGUUCACCUUUCGAAAGCUGACCAUGGGUCGAAAUCGGUACGCGCCGUAUCGCGAUCAGAGCCAAUCUGUCUCCUCGGAAGCGGAAAUCGAAUCAAAACCGCUCCAGCGGCUGAUCGGAAAGAUUACUAAUAAAUGGGGCUGGGGCGAGGUCGUUGUGAACUGCAGUUCGCCCUACAUCCCCUUGGUUCACUCAUGGUCCGAGGCAAUGGAAGAGGCACACAAGACUGUUGAAGAUGAAUCACCCGCAGAGAAACAGGCUCGCACCGACCUCGGCGAACUACUCAAGAUCAUCUCAACGUCAUCGGGCUAUCUCCCACUGGACCGCUACUUCAAGGAUCGAAACACAUUUUUUGAAGAACGGUCAAUAACGCACAGCGCCCUUUGGACGUUGUUUCCUCCAGGCACCUUGAUUGUGGCCCGGCCAUUCCUAGACCAACUUCAGAUUAUGUUCGUCCAGUCCUCAGAUGGGUUUGUCGCCGAGAAUCGUGUCUUCCACCUCGUCUGCUAUUGCUUCGACUGGAACGGAUACGAGUUCAACCGCAUGCCCUUCGAAAUGGAGAUUCCGUAUUGGGGUCCGGAUAGGAGGAGCAUUAUCGAGCUUCCUUUCUACCCUCUGCAGUACUAUGUAGACUCAGCCGCCGGAGCAGAGGGCUCAGGAGAGGCAUCGAUUGCCUCGCUCAAGGAGAAGCUCGUUGAAAGAGGUAAGAAAUUUGUGCACCACUGCCUCGCAGAGAACGGCAAACAAAUGUUCAAAUACACUGGCGAUGCACACUUCCACACCGGGCGAAGCCUCCUGCACAGGGUCGAUAGCUCAGUCGGAGAGGGGAUUCGGCAAGCGGAUGACUCCUCAUCGCUGUCUAGAUUCAAUGACGAGAACUUCCGCAAUGAAAUGCGCAGCGUAAGCAAGAAAAGGGUUGAUGGCACUACCAUGGUGGAUUUCCAAUCCUUCUUUGAAUACCUCUCACCGAACACUCCCAUCCUCGGACCUUUGCAAAGAUACGAGGGUCAGCUAGAGAGCCUGUCCCCAGAGCGACGAGCGAAUCCGAUAUUCCGCGACAUGUACAAGUUCGACUGGGACAAGCACCCACGCAACAAAGCUUUGACCUACGAGCAGUACAUGAUGUGCCCUCCCAGAGUGCUAGGGUAUGCGUUGAAGCAGAAGAAAUGGGCGCAGCUCCUCGUCGAUCACCUGCGCGAACCAGACGAAGCCGACGCUAGUACCUUCCGCCAAAAGCUCCAGCUUGAUGACGAGCUGAAAGAGCUCGUGGAGAAAUCAGUGCAAGCACAUGAGUUGGGCAAGGAGACGAUUAGUCGUGGGCGGACUAAGGCUCUCCAGGACUUCGCUCCGGACAAAGGCAAGGGACUGGUGAUUAUGCUGUACGGAUAUCCCGGCGUUGGUAAGACUCUGACCGCUGAAAGCGUGGCGUUGAUGGCAGGUAAGCCACUGCUUUCUGUUGGCGUGUCGGAUAUUGGGAUCGAAGGCGACAAAGUCGAAGCAAAUCUUCAGAAAGUCUUCGACCUCGCUGGAAAAUGGGAAGCUGUCCUCUUGUUCGAUGAGGCCGACGUCUUCCUUGAAGCUCGUGGCGAGGGAGAGAAUGAUUUGAGGCGGAACGCAAUGGUCUCCGUCCUCCUGCGUGUCCUCGAAUACUACGACGGCAUCCUAAUCCUCACCACCAACCGGAUGAAAUCUUUCGACAUCGCCGUCCAAUCGCGCAUUCAUAUCGCUAUCAAGUACGAAGAGCUCACGCAAGAGCAGCAGAUCAACAUCUACCGCGCCUUUCUGGAGCAGCUGCAAGAGAAGAAGCUAGUUGACGAUAUCAACGACCUGAUAAAAUGGAUCCAGAGCACUGGGCGCAAGCUCAACUUCAACGGGCGGCAGAUAAGAAAUGUGGUGAGCACGGCACUGGGGCUUGCAAUGGCGGACGGUCAGAAGUUGAACAGGAAGCAUCUCGAUCGUGUCGCAGAGCAGACGAAGUUGUUCAAGCAGGAUUUGAAGAGUCAGGAGGAGAUUUUCAAGAGGAUCACGAGGUGAGGGGGUGAGGAAUCCUCUCUUUCAUGGGCCCGGGGAACUCUCCUAGGCACAUUGAGUCCCUUCAGCCCUAGAAAUGUUCAGACUUUUGGUGACUGUUUGAUACGUCGAAGGACUUCAUGGGGCACAAUCCUCGCUCAAAGUUGGGUUUGCUAUAGUAAUGAAUCAUGACCUG